AUGAAUCGUCUCAUUUAUAUUUAUAGGAGUGGUAGUAAUUGCUUAAGAAACAAUUAUAUUUUGUGUUCAAUACAUGCUAGACAAAAACCUGUAAAAAUUGUUCAAAAUGUUAUCUCCCGGGAGAUUCACGAGCAAAAGAAAAAUAUUAAAUCAACUCUUAACUACAUGAUUGCUCUCGGUGUAAUGACUGUAGGGUUAAGUUAUGCCGCAGUACCGUUAUACAGAAUAUUUUGUCAAGCUUAUAGCUAUGGUGGUACAACUGGGCAAGCAGAAGCAGAUGAGUCAAUUAGCAAUAUGAAGGCAAUCAAAUCAAGACCUAUUAAAAUUAGAUUUAAUGCUGAUGUAGCUUCUUCCAUGCAGUGGAACUUCAAACCCCAACAGACAGAUAUCACCGUGGUGCCUGGAGAAACCGCCCUGGCAUUUUACACGGCCCGCAACCCAACCCAGAAGCAUGUGACAGGUAUCAGCACAUACAACGUCAUACCGUUUGAAGCAGGACAGUAUUUCAAUAAGAUACAAUGUUUCUGUUUUGAAGAGCAGCAACUCAAUCCACAGGAACAGGUGGAUAUGCCAGUGUUCUUCUACAUUGACCCUGAAUUUAUAGAAGACCCCAGAAUGGAAUUUGUGGAUGAAAUCAUACUUUCAUACACAUUCUUUGAGGCUAAAGAGGGGAUGAAGCUACCCGUACCCUCAUAUGUGAAGAACUGA